AUGAGGUGGGAGACUGAGCAGCAGAGAAGUCUAGAGGAGAGAGGCCGUUUGCUGCUCUGCCUGCAGUUCCUCCCCCCGGCCGGUGAUGGCGACGUGAAGGGCGAGGUCAAGGAGAGGGCUCGUGGCGGGCUGUGUGUGGGUGUCAAACGCUGCGCCCACCUGGCAGCCAUGGACGUCAACGGCUACUCAGACCCCUACGUUAAAACGUACCUCAAGCCAGACGUUCAUAAGAAAUCCAAGCACAAAACAGCAGUCAUUAAAAAGACUCUCAACCCGGAGUUUAAUGAGGAGUUCUUCUAUGAAAUCACCUUCUCAGAGUUAGCUACCAAGACGCUGGAGGUCACAGUGUGGGACUACGACCUCGGAAAGUCCAAUGACUUCAUAGGGGGUGUGUCCUUAGGGUGCCACUCACAGGGAGACGCUCUGCAGCACUGGAUAGACUGUCUGAAGAACAAGGGCAAGAAGGUGGAGCGCUGGCAUACACUGACCAACGAGCUGCCUGGAUCCACACUGCAGGAAUGAACUGAUCCUCUUCCACUGUACUGACACUGGAGAGACUGACCUGAAGACUUGGGAUGAGAGACAACUCAUCGCAUGCUCUGAGGAUUUUCUGCAUGACUAUGAAGGAUUCAUAUCCUACUUACUUUGUGUCAUAAGUGUCAUAUAAGACCAUAAUUCGUAACAACACACCCAAAAGGGUCACAUUCAGAGAUCAAUACUCUAAUCUUGGAUCUAAAUAGACCUGAUGCAAAUCUGUGAAACCGUCCACACCACAAAGCUGACAGUACGAGAAUUUUCAUAAUCAUAUUCAUAGGGAUCCGUGUCCCUUUUGUGGGUUUAAUGUCAAUCUAAAUGCUCCUCUGCGCUGCUCCAAACUGAUCAGAUAUCAAUCAACAAGAAAAAUUGAAAUCAUGCAAAAGAAAAUAUAAUGAGGGAGAAAGUUGAAUUAUUCUGCAGUUCAUCCCUCACGUCAGGUUUGCUUGCUCUCACUACACUCGGCCUGUUAUUUUCAUUAACUGCUGACAUUAAAACCCCACCGUUAUGUCUCACAGCGCACAUACCUCUCCCUCGCAAUAAUGUUAUGCCUAAUGCUUCCGAAGAUUUCCAAGUGGUCUUAAUGCUGUCAGAUGUUUUGUAUCUAUUGAUCUGAUCACCUCUGGAUUGCCUGCAGACAGCACGACCUAAUAAGAUAAUUGGUUCUUCCAUGUUGAUGGUUUGUGUCAGUAAUCUUGCAUGUUUGGUGUUGAUGGAGCAAACUAAAAGACAAAUAUGUGCUAGGCUCUGCUGCAGGAUGAAAUAUUCAUCAGCGUGUUGUUCCCAAUUCUCCUGAGGUGUGUUGCUCUGAUUAACUGAGAAGAGAUUUUUUUUAUUUAAUUCAAGGGUAACAGUUUUUGUUCACAGUUGUUUAAUGUGUCAGCUCUAAUAUUACUGUGUCAGUUUCUUGUCAGUGACACGAUGAUGGACCUAAUUUUGCUUCAUGAUCCUAAUUUGUAUUGAAGAGAACAGAGACGUAAUUAACAGAAAGGUUUCAGAGCAGAUUAUUUUGUGGAGAGCUGUGCAUGGUCACAGUAACUAAAAUCAUCAGCCUUUGUCGGUUAUUAAAAUAUGAAUGGUGUAUAGAGCCCAGUGUUGUCUGAUAACUCCAUGGCUGCUGCUUUACUAUGGAUUGCAUUAACCAAGCUGCAGGUUUUAUCUGUGCUCGGUCUCUCGUGGUAAAAGAGGCAUGCUGAAACUACCAGUGGUGUUCAUAUGUAAAUAUAUAUUGUGUUUCACUUGCUUUGGAUGUUUUGUCUUUUGGAAAGUGUGCAUGAUUGUUUCUUUCUUUUUCAUAAAACAUUCGUAUUGAAUUUACUGUGCGCAUCCCUCAAUUUUUUAUUAUAUUUGCUCCGUUGUUGUAAAGUGGCCUCUUUGAAUCUGAUGUUUACAGCUCAGUGGCAAUC